UGGUUCCUUCAUCCAUAGAUGCAAAUUGAGUGAGAGCAAAUAGAGAAACAAGUCAAACUCUAGUUUUUGCUUCUCCAAAAUGAAUGGUAAUCAAAAUUUGAAUAACGUUGAGAACCACCUUCUGAGGAGUGAUGCUCUCUAUGAGUACAUAUUGAAGACAAAUGUUUUCCCAAGGGAGCAUGAGCAACUCAGAGAAUUGAGAGAAGCAACAAAGAAACACCCUAUGGGGCUAAUGGCAUUAAACCCAGAUGAAGGGCAACUGUUGUCUUUAAUUUUGAAAACAAUGAAUGCCAAGAGGACUUUGGAGAUUGGUGUUUUUACUGGCUACUCACUCCUCACCACUGCUUUGGCUUUGCCAGAUGAUGCUAAGAUAACAGCUAUUGAUGUGAAUAAAUCAUUCUAUGAAAUUGGACUACCAUUCAUUAAGAAAGCAGAAGUUGAGCACAAAAUCAACUUUAUUGAGUCUCAGGCCCACCCAGUUCUUGAUAAGUUGAUUGAAGAGGUGAAAGAAGAUGAACUUUUUGAUUUUGCUUUUGUUGAUGCUGAUAAAAACAAUUACAUCCAUUACCAUGAAAAAUUGUUGAAGCUAGUUAAGGUUGGAGGGAUCAUAGCAUAUGACAAUACAUUAUGGUUGGGUACAGUUGUAAUUGAAGGACCAGUUGAUUCAAGCUAUCCGAACCUUGUACGCUUAUGGAAAGAUGAUGUUAUCAAGUUCAACCAGUAUUUAGCUGUUGAUCAACGCAUUGAUAUUUCACAAGCUGUAGUUGGAGAUGGUCUCACUCUUUGCCGUAGAAUUUAUUAGGUAUAAUAUCAUAAAGAAUAAUAUAAGUCGGAUUGUUGUUUGUACUCA